GUGAGCGAACAAAAUCAAAGAGUUUGUUUUUGGCGAAGAAUCACCGGCAGCAUCGUGGGUAUGGCGACUCGUACUCGUGCACACGGUAGAACAGUAGAGUUUCUAUUAUUAUGGACUUCUUGAUCGGGCCAGUGAUUAGCAUAGCCGGUCGCAAAGAGCAUUCGGACUGGGACCGCUACACGGGCCAUGGAAGCACUUGGCAAGGACAUUCUGAGAGUGACGCUAUCGGCCGCUAGCAGGGCGACGGGCACGGACACGGAGGAGCAGAUAGGAUCGGGCGUAGCGAGAAGAGACACACCUGAGCGAGCAGGUGGCACUGAUAGCUCGGGAAGCGUUCAGGAAACACCGGUCACCAAUCGACAUACCACAGAGCCCCAGGGAUCAGCACUGAAAGCUGGCGGAGAUAUCUCCGCAUCUCCUAUUCUGGUCACUGCCAAGGAGCGUGAAGUCGAGCAUAAGUCACAGCCAAGCUCUGAUGUGAAGCACGCACAUACAGACCGCAUGGAGCUGAGAGAGUCCACUGCGGCGAGCUCUGGUCUUGAUCCAAGAACUCAUUCUGGUCAUGCAACUUCUAACCAUGUGGACACGAGACAUGGAGAUGCAGCAGCAGCAGCUUCAGCAACAGCAUCGCCAAUGGCAGCGCGGCAUCUGCUACUGGCCGAGAGCAAGAAGCAAAGUCGCGCAGCUGCAAAAUCCCAUGUGGUGUACAUACACCGGCCUAACCAACCAUCUCACUCCAGACACCCUGCCUCCUCCACUUCAAGAAGCAGAUCCUCCACAGUGGCUGCAGCAACGGUUGGAAAGCCAUCUUCAUCUCAACCUGCAGUAGCUGUAUCGUCAGCACAAGUAGAUAUAGCAACAGCCGCUGCGUCCGCUGCAGUCGCUGCAGUAGCGGCUGCUGCACCAAUGCUGCAGGCUGGUCAGCAGCAUCAUCAGCAUCCGCAGCAGAAUCACGGAGCACCCAUGCCAUCGGAGUUACCUGUCAUUCUUGGCCGCCUACAAUUGCUGGAGACCAGCACUCUAACCGCACAGCAACAGUUGCAGCAUGUACAGCAUUUGCUGGAGCAACAAGUUCGACAUGCGUCCGGUGCUAGCGCAUCUCGCCACGGGAAGCAUGAUGUUAUGUCAGCCGGGGCCCGUGGUUCAAGAGUUGGAACGGCUGGUUCAUCACACUCAGCAGCCGGCGGCACUUCUGCUGCCCCCACGGUGAGUGUGACGCAUACUCAUGAUGUCGCCGUGUCGCAUAGCGACUCAUCGUCGAGUAUCGAGUCCACAACGCCGCCGGCUGCAUCACACGACGAUCGACAACGGCGUCGAGAGCAUGCCCGCGUGCACUUCCCACGGUCGGCGAGUUCUACUCCCGACGCGGCGGCACUGCCAGCUCAUGGUGGCCGGAGCGGUGCAGUGGCGCAUGUGGAAGCACCACGCGAUACCCCGCCAACACCGUCACUUCCAAGCCAUCACUUCUCCAGGCACCGGUACACAUCCAAGCAAGCGCCAGCACCACCAAUGGCCGUCGCACAACAAGGGGUUCCCCCUCCUCCGCAGCAGCAGCAGCAGCAGCCACUGGACAUGCGGUCGUCACCACCCGUGCAGCGAGCCCCAACCACCAGUGUUGGCGCGGUGGUCAGUCUCCAGUCACACGAAGCCUACAUUGCCGAGCUGGAGCGUGAGCUGAGGAGAAUCCGUGGCCUGCCCGUCUAUGCUAGGGUUCCCCCAGGUCACAAUGGAAAUGCUAAGGCGAGCAAGGCCGGCGGUCGACAUCACCGUCGCACAUCGCAGCGAGAUGGUGAUGUUGUAGCUCGUCGUGACCAUCAUGAUACACACCCCAGCACAGGCACACAGCAACAACCUGUACAUCAGCCAUCGGCGAGCCCAGCCCAUCAUCAGCAUCAUCAGCAACGUGUCAAGACAGAAGAGGAGCAGUCACAGCCGCAGCACACGCACGUUCAUCGUGACAAUACGGCCGUCAAGGCGUUGUCGUCUCGUCUGGACUCGUGUCUCCAGGAGCUGCAGCAGCUCCAUACCAAUUUCUCUGCGCUGAGAGAUCUGGACUCUGCCGGACCGGCGUCGACUACCACAGCAUCUGCUAUGACGGCGCCUCCACCCAGCAGAUCUCAGCCGACAACAACUCACCCUGUCCCCACAGCGGCACCUUCACACAGCACUGCUCCGAGUACGAGUGCACAACCUACUGCAGCCGCAAGCCAUCGGCCUCCACGUGCCCAUCCGUCCUCUGGUCCUCAUCGAACGGACGGAAGUAGAGAUGUAGUGUGGUCUGCCGGUACAGCGCAACAGUCGACUCCCGUCCAUUCUACCACACAUCAUGCAGGUGGUGUUGGAACCACACAGCGCUCACUGCAGGCUCAAGUGCCGUCAGCACAGGCACAGUCAUCAGCGUUUGCUGCCCAUCAUCCCGCCGCUCUACCCCCGGCUCUGCCCGCGCUGAACCGGAUCACGGAAGAGUUCAUCCGCUCCAUGCAGCAGCAGCAGCAGCCAUCACAGGAUGUGCUACCAGGCGACCACAGCACAAAUAAGUCCACGGCUGAUCGAGUGCUCCGGGAUAUUCAAGAGCGCAGGGCACGGCUGGACCGCGGACACUUGCAGCACGGCGGAAAGGACGGCACUCAAAGUUUCCAACUGCCACCGGACCUUGUGCAGCUGUAUGCGAGAAUCGAUCAGCUAGCUCAAGAGCCAUCAGCUGACAGCUCUGCCCUGGCAGUUCAGCGCGAGAUUGACGACUGUAUUGCCAUGGCAACAAAAGAUCUUCAGGCCAAGCCAGCCAAGCGACCACAGCAGCGACGGCAAGACCGAUCGUUGCACGAGAACGAGGCACUGUCCAGCCAACCAGCACCAGUACAGCAACAGCAGUCACAAUAUCAGCAGCGCUCUACAGCUGCGACUACACGUUCAGCCACGCAGGCCCGUGGCAAGAACACGGGUCGCCAAACAUCAGCUACAGAGAAGCUCAAAUCAGCAGCAGCAGCAGAAAAGGCAGGAGGAAAAAGAACUUCUGGCCCCAUGAAAGGCAAGACCCAGAAUCCGUCAUCACUCCUGCUCAGAGGACAAUCCACAUCACGACAGAAACCCACCACAUCAACCAGCACAAACUCGGCAAGGAAGCCAACCAGAAAGCAGCCAUCGUCCACACAAGCCUCAAUCAGGGAAAGAUCAGAGCAACAACGUGUAGUCGAGUCACACACAGGUGCAACAUCAGCAGCAGCACCAUCGCACCGAGCCAAAUCAACCACCGGGUCGGCAGGCAGGCAGGCCACGGCUACAGCACCGAGUACACAGACGGCUGCGGCUGAGGUUUCGGCGCCGAACCAAGCGUGCGUGCGCGACCCUCGUUUCACCGUGCCGUCCAUAUCCGAGCUAACACGACCCCCGCCACCACCGCCGCUGGAGCACGCUCACACUCGUUUUGAGGGGAUUAUACCGCUGGCCUCGCCCAGGCAGUAUUCCCGCGUCGACACGGAUGCCGCUGCUGCGCUUUCUAGCAGCCUGCCACGCCAAGUCACUGGCAAUAGAGCUACUGACCUAGGAGAUGAAAGAACCCUAGGGCAAGCACCAGCACCAGCACGGCAUGCAGCGGUGCCUCAGCCUCCACGAUCGUCCGCUCAGCCUUCUUUCGCCGGCCAGCAAGACCGGAAUGCUGCGCCGGAUGCAGGUAGAACUAGUGGACGCGCAUCUCGCACUCCGCCCGCGAAUACAGCAGACAUCGGUGGCCAUGUCCAGCGUGAUGCUGCGCAAGCCAGUGGUGAUCUUAGUGACUCAAGCGACAAUACCACACCAUUGCUCAGUACGGGAACAUUGACCGAUUCGUCGGCGGUGUCAUCACUCGGCCAAACAGCACCACGGAACUCAGGGAACGCGGACGAUGAUAUUGCGACCACGUCGGAGGGCGCGGUGACUUCUGGUGGUGACGAUGAUGGUGGUGGUGGUGGUGCGGAUAGUUCGGGAAGUGCUACGCUAAGCGAACAUGACAGUGAUGUAUGCCACGACCAAGCCAAGGCGCCUCGACCUCCGUUGCCGAGGACGACAGCCAGGGCAAACACUGACCGAACACAGACAAUACCGGCCUCGCCACUUCCACUGUCACCUGCUGGACCCGGACGGCGUAGUCAUGGUAACGAUGGUGACUUUGGUGGCGGCUUCGGCAAUGGAGGCCAUGUUGACGACAGCGUGCUGUGUCCGGACGAGGCGAUUGCUAUGAGCGGCAAUGCCACCGAGUCCGAGAGUACGGAUGAUUCGUUCCCAGGUGGUGCAAGACGAUUCUGGUCAGCGACCAGCGGUUGGGUCAAUAGCCCCCGGGUCGGGGAACAGCAGCCUCAUGUCCCGGACCGAUGGCAAGCAGCCGAAAUAGUCCGCCAGGAAGAGCAACGCUCUGCUGUGUCCAGGGAGCGAUAUGUUGCAGCUGUUCGUGGUCUCUUUCUUUCGGCUGAUCAGUCGGAAUUGGUCGGAGAAGACGACGGACAUCAACAAACUGCCGCGGCAGCGGCGGAUGAUGGUGUACACCAGCAUGCCACAAAGCUCCCACGGGUGUCGUUGUUACGCGAACCGCUGCAAGAGCCGCCUCCGUCAUGGACGGUUCCCGGCGUGCUGCUCCCUCCGCUCUCCUCAGCACACUCGCUACACGUCGAUGGCAUGCCCGUCAGCCGGGAUGCCGUGCGCCGGGCCGUCGUGGAGUCGCUAUGUCAACGGGACGCCGAGCGGCGCAGGCUGCGUCUGCACGUCGCGCUGUCCACGCCUCUCCGACAUGUUGUCGAAUCGACCGCCGGAAGCGAGGGCACCCCGUCCAACGCAGCAUCAUCGUCGGACGGCGGCGAGAAUGAAGUGCCUAAAACCUCACCCCCAGUGUUAGUUUCUACCUCGCCGUGCGAUGAUGAUGAUGAUGCUGAGUAUGCGGACGACUUUGAGGAGUUUGACGGCAAAGAUGACGACACCGCGUCCUCUGGGAAAGAUGCCGAUGCACUAGACAUGGCCGCAGAACACACAGUAACAAGUUCUCACACAGCAAGCAGUGAAGUCGAUACUGACGAUGCAGAUCAGCGGGAGCACCCUGAAGACAAAGAUGCCGCCACGGAUGAUGAGCAUGAUUACGGUAAUGAUGAUGUCGUUCGUCGGCAUGAUGACCUCAUCGACGUUCGUCGCACAAGCCCACUGCACCCAGUUCCUCAUACACCCUCAGCAGGCAGCGGGUCUGAGUCGACGGCGAGCGACCGCGAUGAUCGCAUCACCAACACACAUGUAACGCCUGAAGGAGGAGGGAAGGUGGAUGAAUCACCUGCUGUCCAACAAACACCACAACCAGAUAUGAAUGUCAUUGGUGACCACACUGGACACCGCGUAGUCGACAAACAUUCUCCUUCUGUUUCUGCGUCAGCUGGUUCCAGCCAGGAGUCUGAUAUGAACAGUGACAAACUAGUCUUGCUGCGCGCUGUCAUAGCUAAGAAACAGCGCCAACAGCAGCAGCAGCAAGAACAGCGCGACAGGGGCAUGAUGCGGGGCUCCGGCGGCAGUGGAGCGGCUUAUGCUGAUGGAGCAAAGUCGGCAACGUCACCUGGAGGUCUGCCACCAUCACGCCAUUCACCUACAGCCGUUGUUGCCUCGUCUCGACACCAUGCCAGUCACACCGCCAGGACACCAUCCGCAUCGACCACCAACACCAUCACCAGCACUCCAAUAUGUUCGGCAACUCCCGGAUCCACUGCCACAGCUACCAUCACUACAUCAUCCCUGGCCAACACCGCCAGUAGCAGCAGCAGUGGCAGCAUCAGCGCAAGCGAUCUAUCCGCAGUCUCCACACGCUCCGACUUCUCAUCGUUCAAGGAGACGCCGUCGACGAUAUCCGCCAAUGAAAGCUGGUACUCGGCCGGGGAGGUUGUCCCCGCAAUUCGGGCCGAUGAUCCCAAGCAGGGAGGAACUUCCCGGGGACAGCAAAAGCAGCUGGGAGACGCCUCGCCGUUCCUACGUCUGCCCGCGCAAUCUGCUGCGCGCCGUACAGUUGCCAUGACAAUGAGCAGUGCUAGCAGCGAGUGCGAUUCGUCCGCCGUCGAGCACCUCCCGUCGCCAGGGCAGCUGUUGCCACGGCAGCGACGGCGCGAGCAGCAACGCUGGUCGCUGGACGAGGACGACACGAGUGUGAGUGAUGUGGACACGGCAUCGCGACUGUCAGCAGGUGCACUCCCAGGCAUUGCUCGUGGCACGGAUGUGAUUGUUAUGGCAACACAGUAUGGUAACCGUGGUGCUUCAGCCGGCGUAGCUCCUGUUACUGCUAGUAAUGUAACUGCUGCUGCUGCUGCUGCUGCUACUGGUGGUGGUAGUGCAUCUGCUGUUGCUAGCAGAGGUACUACUGCUGGUGCUGCUGCUAUUGCUGGCAGUGCAACUGCUGGUGCUGCUGCUGCAUCUACUGGAGUUGCUACAGAAACACAGCAGUGUGUGGACGAUGUGGGGAAGGAGGCUCGGCGUGACAGUGAUAGUGCUGCUGCUGCUGCGGACAGUGACACUGCCAAUACCGUUAGUCUGAGCCUGGGAGAAGUGCACCCUGGCGUGAAGUCGGCAGUUCACAACCUCACUCUACCAGAUCACGGCACCCCCAUGCCGACAACAACAACAACAACAACAGCAGCACUGAAGUCAAUACCAUCGCAGCCGCUGGCAGAUGGCAUGGCCACUGGCAUGCAACGCGGCACACGCGGUGAUAACGACGAUGAAGAUGACACUCUAGCAACAGCCCGGCGGCUUGGCACCGCUGCAUGGGUUACGACUGCACAACGUGGAGACACGCAGCGCACCGCCGUAGCUGUAAGCACACAGCUGGACUCCGCAGAGGGACUCGGCAAUCCGCUUCGCAAGCCAGGCGAUAUCACCACCAAACCGAAGCAGUCAGUAACCUUCAGUCGUGCUGGCCGCGCUGAUCUGAAUGUGGCCAGCGGUGCCGCAGCAACAGCAGCAACAGCAGCAGCAACAUCAGUAGCAAGUCCGCAGCACCGGCAUCCCACGGCCGUUACAGAUAAGACUGGAAAUCGGCCAAGUCCCGGCGAAGUACUGACAGUCAGCACACACACCUCCAUGACGGACAGUGAUCCGUCCACUGUAUACGUUAGUAGUAAGCAGCACGCAUCUGUGGUGUACGAUUCCGAAUCCUCCUCACAUCUCUCUGGUGUGUAUCCGCUGAGCAAACCUGCACAUGCGGCGUCCCAGAAAGGUGAUCAACAUCACAAACAACAGCACAUGCAGCAACCUGAGAAACGUUACGAUCUUGAUAAUCUCCAUCGUCACCAUGCUGCCAACGAGCACGAACUGCACCUGGGUCGGCAUGACAACGGCGGCGGUGGUGGCCAGAGCCCCGGUGAGAUCUUCGCCGCGUUCCCACACACGGACAGCGGCGAUUCGUUGAGCACCCUGCCACUGCAAGCGGCGCACGUCAACAGCUCGGAGUGGAAACAGCACGCUAGCACUGGUGGCACAGACGAAGAGUUUAGCGCGCUGGACGGCGUGUCAGAGGCAAUCUCGUCGUCGCAGUCGGCGUCGUCCGCUUCUCACCUGGCAACUCCCGAGCUGGUCAGCCCCACGCCGAUCCUGUAUCAGGGCAGUGCGACUGGACGGGCAGCUGCGAAACCGCUACAUAUUGCGAACUCUCCGUCAGUGCCAGAACAGACAACAGUAGCAACAGCAAUAACAGCAGCUGGGAGAGCAUCAGCACUAACAGCUACAACAACAACAGCAGCAGCAGCUACAGCAGCAGCAGCUACAGCAGCAGCAACAACAAGAGCAACACCAGCAGCAGGAACAGCAGCAGCAGCAGUAGAUAUAUCACCAACAUUACCGAGAGCCAAAGUGCCGGCAUCGACAGGAACCACAGUACCAGCAGCAGCAGCAGCCGCAGGCAUAGCGGUCAAAGCAGGAGGUACAGCAGCACUUGGCAACGACGACACGAUGGAUGACUUUCCAGACUUGACCGGCGUUGCACGGCUGCAGAGUGACAGCGACGACAACAACAACAACAAUGAUGAUGUGUCACUCUAAGUGGGACGGGCUAGUACUGUAAUAGGGGACUGGGACACAUGCUGCGCACAGGUGAGGUGCGGGGAGGGGGGGGGGGGCAGUGUACCCGAUUACUGGGGCACGUUUAGUACCCCCCCCCCUGAGUCAGGCCGCCCUUGAUAAUGAUACCCUGAUGCUUCGCGGCCGGGCCACUAUGUGUAAGUGCAUGCAUCAACCAUGCAGCACUCCGGCCGGCUGUGGCGCAGCUCUAGCAAGUGGCCGGUGGUCUGAUUCCAUAAUGGUCCUGCACUGCAUAAUGGCCCUGUACUGCAUAAUUAAUGGCCCUGCACUGCAUAAUGGCCCUGCGCUGCAUUAAAACACAAACUGCUGUUUCCAGUGCGGCCAGCAAAGUAGCGGCUGGUACUUGUACUGCACCUACUUAGCGGCUAGCGCCCAGCUGUGCAUUGGACCACGUACAGUGAAUAGACUUCGCUAUGUGCUUCCAUGGCAACGAGAGGCCGUGUGCUUUCAUGGCAGUGAAAGCCAGCGUGAGUUCGUUCGGAUCAGAUGGCUUACUACAGUAUGCUGGAGUUUGCAACAGUGAAGUGAAGACUGAUGCCGUCACUCACUCUGUGUCGGAAUAGUUACUACCGGUAGUAGUAGUGGCUGGCUGUGAGGAUGUACUUGGUUUAGAUGCAGUACAUGCACGCACGCAUACAGUAGAUCUGUGCGAAGUGAUGUUGCUUUUCACCAGGGAGUAGUACAAUACAGUAUUGUACUACUCCCUGCUUUUCACGGAGUGUGAUCGUGCUGUACAAUACACAUGUGUACCCACUGGUGGUGGUGUACUCGGUAGAGUACGCUGUCUUGAUCUGACCUAUUUCCGGUUCUUCACCUAUGUUUCUUGCUCUACCGCGGGGACAGCUUUCAGAGUUCUAUUUUGCCCGUAGUCAUAAUUAUCCGAUGGUAUUUCUAGUACCCCCCCCCCCCCAUACUAGUACCCCCCAUACUAGUACCCCCCCCCCAUUCUAGUACAGUACUAGUAUUAGAUAAACCUUGUCAACCCAACAACAUGACUUUUAACAUGUACAGUGCUGCUUGCAACUAACUUCCAGGACAUCUCGCACUAACGGCGGCUGGUUGAUCGGUGCAGCAGCCAGCUGCAUGCUUGGCUUGGUCUGGCGUUCUUUUUACUCACAUCCCUCGGUAUCAGUAGACAUCCUCUACCUGGCAUGUCUGUCUCAGCUUUCCACUGCUUUUUUUUUUAUUGGUCGAUCGGCGAGGAGACAUUGUUGCGAUAUUGAAAUUAUCAUUGGUCAUUGACAGAAAACUUUAUCCCUACGAUGGCCAGUGGCCGAUAAGAGAAGUAUU